AUGCCAAGACAUACACAUUGGUCUAUAGAAGAGACAUAUCGAUACUUCUGCGAGGAACGACCACUACCUUGUGAUGAUCCGGUUCCGAUUCGAAUCGAGCUACAUGUUAGCCGUAAUAUACUAGACGAGCUCGGCUUCCCAAGAACACCAACAACGACAACAGCAACAACAAUUAAUCACUCCCUACUACUAUCUGCAGAUACCGCAAGAGCAAAAGCAAAACUCUCGCCCAUACUUUCUGGCGUCGGAAUCCCGACAAACUUUCAUGCUCCUCUCAUUGACGACAUAUCCUCCCAUUCCUGGAAUUUGAGCUCCAUUGAAAGAUGCCCUAUACAUCGCCUUCCCAAAGUGCCCGCCAUUGUUGUGCAUAUUCCAGUCGAUGAACUCGAGGCCAAUGGGGUUGAGGAGAUUGGAGGUGAGCUGAUGUUCGUUGACGCGUUCGUGACUGUGCCCGCGACCGUGUCCUCCAUCGAGGCGCUGGAGAAAGUGGUAGUUCUUGAUGACGGUGGUGGUGGUGGUGGUGUUUCGGGGUUGAUGGACCAGUGUGCGAUCUGUUUCGAGGAGUUGGUUGGCGGGUCCGAAGCCAGUCGGAUGCCGUGUUCGCAUGUUUAUCACGGUGACUGCAUUGUCCGGUGGUUGAGAACGAGCCACUUCUGUCCGGUGUGCCGCUAUAAGAUGCCAGCAAUAUUUGAUUGCCUUAUUUAA